AGCCCACUCCUGCAUCUGCAUGUAACUCUCAGAUACUCCACCCAGAGUCCGCGGCCACUCCUCUCGCCUUCCACUCCAGAAGAAGCCGGACAAGAGGUAGGAUCCCGAGCCCUUCUCCCUCCUCCGUCAGCCGCCGGCGCCGGGGGUGGGCCAAGCCAAGAUGAUAUCGUGGAAGGAUUUCUACACGGUGCUGACCGCGAUGGUGCCGCUGUACGUGGCCAUGUUCCUGGCGUACGGGUCGGUGCGGUGGUGGCGCAUCUUCACGCCGGACCAGUGCUCCGGCAUCAACCGCUUCGUCGCCAUCUUCGCCGUGCCGCUGCUGUCCUUCCACUUCAUCUCCACCAACGACCCCUACGCCAUGAACCUCCGCUUCCUGGCGGCGGACACGCUGCAGAAGCUGCUCGUCCUGGCGGCGCUCGCCGUGUGGUCGCGCCUGCCCUCCAGCCUCGGCGCGCCGCGGCUGGACUGGUCCAUCACGCUCUUCUCGGUGUCCACGCUGCCCAACACGCUGGUGAUGGGGAUCCCGCUGCUGGUCGCCAUGUACGGGCCCUACGCCGGCUCCCUCAUGGUGCAGGUCGUCGUUCUCCAGUGCAUCAUCUGGUACACGCUGCUGCUCUUCCUCUUCGAGUUCCGCGCCGCGCGGAUGCUCAUCGCCGACCAGUUCCCGGACACCGCGGCGGCCAUCGCGUCGCUGCACGUGGACCCGGACGUGGUGUCGCUGGAGGGCGGCCGCGCCGAGACGGAGGCCGAGGUGGCGGAGGACGGCCGGCUGCGAGUCACGGUGCGACGCUCGUCCGCGUCGCGGCGGUCGCUGCUGAUGGUCACGCCGCGGCCGUCGAACCUGACGGGCGCGGAGAUAUACUCGAUGAGCUCGUCGCGGCAGCACAGCCCGCGGGGCUCCAACUUCAACCACGCCGACUUCUUCGCCAUGGUCGAUGGCGCGCCGCCCCCGCCGACGCCCGCCGGCGCGCGGGGCUCGAGCUUCGGCGCCGGCGAGGUGUACUCCAUGCACUCGUCCCGGGGGCCGACGCCGCGGCAGUCCAACUUCGACGAGCACUCGGCCUCGGCGCGGUCGUCGAAACCCGCGGCGGCCGCGGCCGUGCCCAGCCACGACGCCAAGGAGCUGCACAUGUUCGUGUGGAGCUCGAGCGCCUCCCCCGUCUCGGAGGUCAGCGGCCUGCCGGUGUUCGCCGGUGGCGCGGGCGUCAACGUCGGCGCCAAGGAAAUCCGCAUGGUUGUCCCCGCCGACCUGCCGCAGAACGCCUCGGCCGGCAAAGAAGGCGAGAACACCGGUGCAGUGGCAGCGGCUACCGUGGAAGGCGAGGCGUUCCGCUUCAGCGGCGGCAAGACGGUGGAGGACGCCGAGGCGGGGGAGGCCGGGGGCCCGGACGGGCUGUCGAAGCUCGGGUCUAGCUCGACGGCCGAGCUGCGCGUGAAGGACGUGGACGGGGCGGCGGACGGCGGCGGGCGCGCGGGGGCGCACCAGAUGCCGCCGGCGAGCGUGAUGACCCGGCUCAUCCUCAUCAUGGUGUGGCGCAAGCUGAUCCGCAACCCCAACACGUACUCCAGCCUCAUCGGCCUCGCCUGGUCCCUCAUCGCGUUCCGGUGGCACAUCACCAUGCCGGCGGUCGUGGCCAAGUCCAUCUCCAUCCUCUCGGACGCCGGGCUGGGGAUGGCCAUGUUUAGCCUGGGAUUGUUUAUGGCGCUGCAGCCGAACCUCAUCGCCUGCGGGUGGCGCGCCACCGGCAUCUCCAUGGGCGUCCGCUUCCUCGCCGGCCCCGCCGUCAUGGCCGCCGCGUCCCUCGCCAUCGGCCUCCGCGGGACGCUCUUGCAGAUCGCCAUUGUCCAGGCGGCUCUACCGCAAGGGAUCGUGCCCUUUGUGUUCGCCAAGGAAUACAACGUCCACCCGGCCAUCCUCAGCACCAUGGUAAUUUUUGGCAUGCUGGUAGCCCUGCCGAUCACCCUGCUCUACUACAUCGUUCUCGGACUGGGACCAGUAUAGAUAGCUAGCUGCUGCUGCUGCGCUCACAUGACUGCAUGAGGUGGAACUUUUGGACGACGCGAGUUGCGGAGAUCGGCCGGGUUGCACUCAAGCCGGGCGUCGCCCACAUGCGUGGCUGGAGGCUUGUAAUUUUGAGUCCUGCUCCAGCCAAGUGAAAUUCCGUUUUGGGGUUGAUAAUUAGGCAUGCGGUUUAUGUUGCUUAUUGCUACUAAUCCUUCUGGGAUUUUGAGGAUUAUAUAGUGUUCAUAUGUUCAUAUAAUCAUACCGACAUAUACCCCUAGUUUAAGA